AGUUGCCCCCGCGCGGCCGCCGUAGAGGGUCGGGCAAGAUGGCGGCCCCCUCCUUCGAGCGGCGGGUGCUGCGGGGCGCGGCGGGGCACCACUACCUGCGCGUGCGGCUGGAGCUGCCCGACGGCGGGGCCCGGCCCAGCGCCGCGCAAUUCAAGCAGCUGGUGGUGUCGGCGCUGAGGGAGCUGCACGGAGAGGUUGGAGCAGCUUUGCCUGUUGACGUCUUAACGUAUGAGGAAAAAACUCUGUGUGCCAUAUUAAGAGUUAUUAGCAGUGGCUUCGUCAAGCUGUGGAGUGCUUUAACAUUGCUGGGCUUCUACCAGAACAGGAGGUGUGCCUUUCGAGUGCUGCAGGCCUCUCCAUUUCUUCUUGCGUUAUCUGGCAACAGCAGAGAACUAGUCCUGGACUGAAUGCCAUUGUUGGUUUCAUUGUACAAAGCAGAAGCUGCUUGAGAUGUUGCAGCCCAUCAGGUGUGGAAUUUCUGGAGGAGA